ACGAGCCGAAACUUUGCUCGCGCGCCUUAUUCAUGUUCGCGAGUUGCCCGAAAUGAAACGAUGUGUGAUCAAUUCCGAAUAGAAAGGGAGCCGCGGAUCUGCCAAGAGCGACCUCGGCGGGAGAAGUCUGUUCUUCUUCGUCUGCGCCCGCAUGACGGUUAUAGCGCCCCCUGGCGGCCGGGGCCGGCCCUCCGGAAGGAGCGCCGACGUAUCCAAUUGUAGCGUGAAAUCACGCCGCGCAAUCUGCUUCGUUCUUUAUGUUCCGUCCGAUGACGCUGUCGUGUUUUGAACAAGCGCAAUAUUUUCGAAAGGGAUGACCCGCAUUUGCAGCCAUUUCAGCGCGCAAGGACGGUUCGGGGUGUCGUCCGCAAAGCCCGGCGCACCAAUCCGGCCCACUUGCAUCUCAAGGCAUCUCCGCAUUUCUCCGCUGCUGGCGUGCCGAGUCGAGGCCAGUGAAGAUGUGGCGCCGGUUGCCGCCCCUGCUGGCUCUGCUGUGCGCCGCGGCCACCGCGUGCGGCCACGACGACCGAGGGGACGCCGACAAACACGACCGAGGGGACGCCGACAAGGCCUUUUGCACCUGGACGUGCGUCAUCUUCACGCUGCAGUGGCCCGGGGGCUUCUGCCAGUCUUUAGACAACGCUUCUCUCUGCCACAUUCCCGAGCACGUCGGCACCUGGAUCAUCCACGGCCUGUGGCCAAUGAAGGUGCAGGAAUGCUGCAGGUGUUGGCCCAUGUUCCUCUCCGACGUGCAGGAGCUGCGGGAGGCGCUGGAUGAGCGCUGGCCGUCUUUGUUGAAAAGUCGAUCCAGCUUCCAUUUCUGGAGGGACGAGUGGGAGAAACACGGCACAUGCGCGGCGUGUGUGGAAGGCCUGAAUUCUCCGCUCAGAUACUUCCAGACUUGCCUCAAACUUCGACAACACUUCGACCUGCACAAGGCCCUGGAGGGGGGCGGGAUCAGGCCUUCCUGUGAUCGAACUUACAAGCUGGCUGAGGUUCAGGAUGUGCUUUUUCCUCUCAUUGGUGGCAAGUGCGAGAUUCAGUGCGUCAAAGACGACCAGGAGCGCGAGGUUUGGUUUCAGGUGAAGAUCCUUCUGUCUCGCAACUUGACCAUCGGCUGCCAUGGCCACGACGCCGACCGGGCGCCGAUCGCCUCCAAAGGCCACCCCUGCCCGGCCCGGGGAACCUUCUACUUCUUGCCCAUCGACCACCGGUGCCCGCUGCAGCCCUGCGGGUGACCUCUCGGCUCCCGACACGUCGUCUUCAACCUGCUAACUCAACAUUCCAGUUUCAUCACAUUUCGCAUCAAAAGCUACGAUCGGCCCCCGUUCAUGCCAUUCAUCCAGAGCUGAGGCCUUCAAACUCCCUCUCGUCACGCCCCCGCCCCCCCCCCCGCCCAUUAUUCGCUUGCUAUUUUUCUGUUCUGUCAUUGGCCUACUUUUGUCUCAAUGAAGGGCAACUUUUACCACUUACGUGAUUGGAAAGACAAGACACGUGAUUCGUCCUUCCUGCUGCAAUCUCAUUCAAAAAAUGAUUUGGACAAAAUCUGACGUGGCCUGUUUCAUACUUUAUUGACGUCAUCGGGGUGUGCGCGCGCACGCAUGGGCACAGAGCAACUCAAAUCUGAUGGA